AUGGAUUUCAACGACAAUGACGCUCCUCCGCCUUACUCUGCACUCGACCCUAUGCAAGACCAAAACACCAAUUCCAGCGCAUCCACGGGGAAUAGCCAUGAUGCGAAUCAGAACUCGAAUGCAAAUUCCUCGCAGAUAGAGACUAGUUUCUCUUCUCUCCGAAUCCAGGCUUCCUCGCCUUCCAGUCUAUCUAACACACAAGCAACAUCGCCUACGGAGUCUGGGUAUACUACCUCAGCUACCACGAUGUCUACCCAUUUCACAUCCGCUGGAGGCUACUUUGCUGAGCAGCCUCAACCAGUACGAAUCUCUGGAGAUACCAAAUCGGAAACGCUUGUUCACCAUAUGACAAUAUAUGCACGGAGCCAAGGCAGGGACUUUCCUCGAAGACCACGAUGCUGGAACGCUCGAGGGAGUGAAAUCAAUCAGCAUGACUGGGACACAUUUCUGAAUUUCCUAUUUCCGCCCCAUUUAGGCCCAGCAGCAUCAUCGAAUCGGCUUCACCGCCAAAUACGAGCUGAAAUUGAGAGAGACCGGAAGGAUCGCGCUCAAGAAACAGAUGAAGAGCGAUCUGCUCGGAUAAAUAAAGUCACUGCAGAAUGGAAUGAGCAGUUCUUUAGCCCCCGUGGAGUUCAUGUCACCUACACCUAUGUAGCAGAUUUGGAGGAAGGUCCGACAACGUCGUUAUGCCCAAAUUGUUAUCCCCAAGCAACUGAUGCCUCUCGAGCCCGUGGCAGGCUUGUUCGCACUGCAUCAUUCGAUGCUCCAAUCCCGGUUCACACCGAAGCACCAGUGAGACAACAUACCAUACAGCGAAGACCGGUACCCCAGACGGCGCAGCCUACAUCACAGCCAUCACCACAAAACCCACAUGCUAGCCCAGCGGUUUCUCCCAUAAGUCCGGCUGGCAGUUUUGAUCAGGCUGGAACUUAUUCUUCAAUGCCUCUUGGUAACAGAAACCAAGCUUCCUUUCCCUGGAAAUCAGCUCCAGCGUCUUGGGCUACGCAAAUGAGCUCGAUAGCACAGCUGUAUGCCGCCAAGAUAAGUAACCAGGCACAAGAGUACGGUAGAUCGAUUGAAGAGAGCGCAUUGGCACGCUCAAGACAGGUGGAACUGUACAGCAAGAAAGUAGAGGAGAACGCUCUGGCGCGUGCAAGGCGGUUAGAAACAAUUGCUUUGACGCAGGGACGCAGAAUUGAGAACGCUGGGGAUGUCUUAUCCAACUGGGCGUCUGGGAUUGGAAGGCGUGCCUCUUAUGCUCAGUCGAUGAAUGGACCUUCAACUAGGGAAGCUGACGACUCUGCAUAUGAAACCUUUCAGAGCCAACAUCGUCCGCAAGAACGUUCUCGUCGGCUAUCCGCAGCGUCUGACACAUCAAUUGCAUCUGUUUCAUCGAUUGAAACCGUUUCUUCGCUGUCGGAUCUAGAACCCGACGACCUCGCGUCCGUUCGCCAGCAACUGACAUCAUUAGAUGGGUAUCACCACCACGAAUUAUACGAUGCCGCAGUAUCCUUGCGUAACCAGCUCCAGGCCCUGAAAAAGGCACGUUGGAAUGGCCGAUUCCGUUCACAGCGAGCCCGACCCUGGGGACGAUGGGAAUCGCCGGCAGAAGCGGCGGAGCGCGAGCAACGCCGGAUAGCAAUGAAGAGAGAGACCAAGCUUCUGCGAGAGAAAUUCUCCGAAAUAGAACGGCGCGCCAAACGGGAAGUGCGCGAAUUACAAAAAUCCAGAAAGGAGAUGCGCAAGAAGCAACACCGUCAUCUUACUUUCCGGUCUCAGCAGCAGCAACAGCAACAGCAACAGCAGCAUGCUACAUUCCCGCCAACCAUGGGUUCUACUCUCAACGGGGAAUAUCGAACUCAAAGCCCUUCGGAGUCUCUAAACCGCGCGUCCAGUGAACCUAUUCAUCGAUCCGAGAGCAACGGGAGCAAUAGCCCAAUGCCGUCAGUGCCUCUGGACCCCCACGAGGCCGCCAAAGCAUGGGCCGAAUCACAACGGGCGAGAGUCAAAGAAAUCAAGAGGGCCAACAAAGAACGAAUCAAAGAAAUCCAAAAGUCCUACAAGGAACACGAAAAACAACAACGGAAAGCAAUCAAGAAAUUGAAUAAGCAGAAGCCCAGUCUUACGAUGAGCAUCGGCAGUGGAAGUGUUGCUUCGUCGUCAUCAUUGGCGCUUGGCGAAACGGGGACGAUACAGAGUGGUGUUAGUAGUAGUACUGGUAUAAUGAGUAAUGAUGGUGUUGCAACGCAUUCGAUCUCGCGGGAGGGCAGUGGAGGUGCAAGUGUAAACAGGGGACAAGAUUUCAGGCAGCAGGAGAGCGACGCAGCUUUUCAGAUACCAGAGUUGGACGGCAAUCCUCUCAAAAGAUGA